AUGCCACGCGAGUCUCUUGAUGUCUCCAUGUCGGUUUUGUUCCCUGACAGCAGGUUUCUCUGGAUGAUGGAAAGAAGCCCCGGGAAUUUCUCUCACGCUGAGUUCCUCCUCCUCGGAUUUCCGGGGAUCGUGAAUUUCAGGGCUUUGCUGCUCAUCCCGUUCUGCCUGAUCUAUGCGGUGAUUCUGACGGGGAACGUUCUCCUCAUCUUCAGGAUCUGGGUGGAGAAGACCCUCCACUCGCCGAUGUACUCGCUCAUCUGCCUGCUAUUCUUUGUCAACCUCUCCUGCACCUCGUCCUUCAUGCCCAAGUUCCUCCUGGGUCUGGCGUUCGAUUUAAACCGGGUUACCCUGAGCGGCUGCCUGCUGCAGAUGUACGUCGUCUACGGAACGCUAACGUUUGAGUCCAGCGUUGUCCUUCUCAUGGCAAUCGACAGGUACUUGGCCAUCUGUAGGCCGCUGCGCUACCACAAUAUUAUGACCAGGCACCUGCUGGUCCAGCUGACCUUGCUUUGCUUGGCUCGGAGCGUCGGCAUCGUCCUUCCGUCGGUUGUAUUGGCGGCCAAGGUCCGGUUCUGCGGAUCCAACGUCAUCCAGAACUUUGCUUGUGAGAACAUGUCCCUCCUAAGGCUUGUCUGCGAUGACAUCAGCAGAGUCCACACCGUAGGCUUCGUCUUGAGAACGUUUGUCACCAUGGGUGACGUCAGCCUUCUGGUGAUAUCCUACGUUUUCAUCCUCCGCACCGCCAUGUGCGUCAUCGGCAAAGCCAGGAAGAAAGCCUUAAACACGUGCGGCACGCAUCUCAUGGCGUGCACCGUCAUUUACUCCAGCGGCGUGCUGUCCGGCCUCAUUUACAGGGUUGAGACCUCGGUUUCGGUCGACGUCCAAAAUCUCACCAGUGCCAUUUAUUUCCUCCUGCCCGCCAGCGUCAACCCAUCCAUCUACGGCUUAAGAAUCAAGGAGAUUCGAGUGAGCUUGAUGAAAGCCUACGGGCGAAGCUCGCGGGGAAGCCGGGAAAAUCACCGGGGUGAAAUAAAUGCCUUUCAGGUUCCAAAAGCAACGGAAAGACGCAGAGAUUUACCGUGA